GCCGGCUCCCCGGGCCUGCAAGCCCCGCCCCGAUUGGCUACCGCCUGGCCCGCCUGCCCGCUUGGGCCCUCGGGACGGCGGCGGGGACUGCGUGGGACCAUGGCCGGGAUCCGCAAGCUGGAGCUGGAGGAGGCCCUGGUGCUGCGGUCUGGCUGGCGGCACGCGUGCCACGCGCUGUUAUACGCGCCGGACCCCGGGAUGCUGUUCGGCCGCAUCCCGCUCCGUUACGCCGUCCUGAUGCAGAUGCGCUUUGAUGGGCGCCUCGGCUUCCCCGGCGGCUUCGUCAGCGUGCAGGACGGCGGUCUGGAGGCCGGGCUGAACCGCGAGCUGACCGAGGAGCUGGGCGAGGGCGCGGCCGACUUCCGCGUGGAGCGCGCCGACUACCGCAGCUCGCACGCGGGGCCCGGGGCGCGCAUCGUGGCCCACUUCUACGCCAAGCGCCUGACGCUCGAGCAGCUGGUCGCGGUGGAGAUGGGCGCCCCGCGCGCCAAGGACCACGGGCUGGAGGUGCUAGGCCUGGUACGGGUGCCCCUGUACACCCUACGGGAUGGUGUGGGAGGCCUGCCUGCCUUCCUGGAGAAUUCCUUCAUCGGCACUGCGAAGGAGCAGCUGCUGGAAGCCCUCCAGGAUCUAGAACUGGUGGAGCCUGGUUCUCUUACAGCCUGGAAGGUCUCCCUACCUCGCUAGAGGCAACCCUCUGUGGACCCAUGGAACCUGAGAUGAGGAUCUUGGUAUAAAGGAGGGGAGGAAGGAACGGGGAAGGUUUUCUCUUCCGGGCCUGGGCCUGAUAGAUGAUAACAGAUUAAAAGAAGUAUGUGCAGUACAUUUGAGCAGAGCCCCCCCCGCCCCCAGCAACUCUCAAAAUCCAGAGCAAAAAUGUGCAGCUCAUCCCAGGGACCCUGGCAAAUUCUCAGAGCCGGCUUCCUCUGUCCGUUUGCGCACACACAGCAUGGCAGCCCCCGGACAUGUGAAUGUGCGGUCUGUGCCCACAUACAAGCUGACGCCUCCCCCACAACCCCUAUGUGCAGUUUAACCAGCAAGUGGCACAUGUGGGGUCUAGCUUGUCAUCAGAGCUGUCUCCUUGUGGGGGGGCCUCUGAACCAGGGGAGCGUCUCUGCCCACUCUCCUACAUGGCUGUUCUCCAGGCUCUAGCCCAGUCCAUGCUUGCUGGAGAGAAGAGAGAGAGAAGCAGAGGACCCCUUUCCCCUGAAAAUGGCUGCAUCCUUGCCUGGGUGUCGGCAAAAGCAAUAUACUCCAGAAAGGUGGUAGAGGGUCCUAACCAACCUCCUGCCCUCUUCUGAAACUGAGCAGAAGGGGUGAGAAAAAUGGCCCAGUCUCCUUGGACUUGAGACUUCUGAGUCCUGGUGCAUCUCCUCCAAAGCUUUCAUCUGGGAUUCCUUAGACUGGGGACAUCAGAAAGGAGUGGGCCCAGCCCUGGUCUAGCCCUGUUCUGAGCAAAAGAGCCUGCCAGUAAAGAAGGGCUUAGACCUGAGCCUCAAAGCCCUUCACUUUUUUUGACAAAUAAUCUGUCUGAGGUAUUGGAGGUCUAGGGAUGAGAGAGCCAUAGGUCUUGCUCUCCUCGUGGUUAAAGGGCUAAAUGGCAAAUAUUUCAGGCUUCGUGGUCCACAUGGUUUUUGUAGCAUCUGCUCAGCUCUUUCGUUUCAGAAGCAGCAGUGAACAACACAUAAUGGGCGUAGCUGUGUCCCAGUAAAACUUACUUUAUCAAAGGAGGCGACCAGCCUGAGGGCAAUAGCGUGUCAACGCUUGCUCUAGAAAGGAUGAUAAGUAAUCAAUUUAAUUAUGAUGUUAUGAUGCCUAUUUACUUGUUUCAUUUAUGUCAGUGUUAAGAAAAUAAAAGAUUCAUACAGGU